GAUGAGUUGACGUUUGUUUUUAAUCCAAGAAGAUUGGAAUUGCGAAUUGUUUUGCGUUAUUUUUUAUAAUUUAUCCUUUAAUUAUUGUAGACUGUUUUAAUUUUAUCGUAGUGGAAACACAUUAAGGAAUCAAAUUACACAAUUAGAUAAAAUGACUACUCAGCUUUCUAAAGAAGACAUCGAAUCUGUUUUUCAUAGAUUAAGGGCCAUUCAAUCCAAUAAGGUUUGCUUUGACUGUGGGGCAAAUAAUCCGACAUGGUCUAGUGUUACUUAUGGAGUAUUUCUUUGCCUUGAUUGUUCAGCAGUGCAUAGAAGUUUGGGAGUGCAUUUAAGUUUUGUGAGAUCAACUCAACUGGAUACUAACUGGACUCAGUUGCAAAUUCGUCAAAUGCAGUGCGGUGGUAAUGCUGCAGCUAUGCAGUUUUUUAUUAUUCAUAAUUGCAAUACAAAUGAUGCCCAAAAAAAAUACAACUCAAGAGCUGCUCAAUUGUACAGAGAGAAACUUAGCCAAGCUGCCGUUAAUUCACUAAAAACUAAUGAUCAGCUUCACUUCUCACAAGAAAAGGAGGAGUCAACUGCGGUCAAAGCAGAACAGCCAGACUUUUUUACAGAACAUGAAUUAUUUGGAAGCAGCAAUUUAAGCUGCGAUUCACCUAAAACAAAAGCUGAGGUCGUUCCAAAUACACAAGAAAAACCCAGUUCGUUGGGUAGUUCUGCUGGUACAGAGCUAAGAAAAUCAACACUGGGUACUAGAAAACCAGCAGCCAAAAAAAGCAUGCUCGGAGCGAAACGCACUGGUUUAGGAGGAGGACUAGGGGCAACGAAAGUUAAAACUAAUUUUGCCGAACUUGAAAGAAAAGCUGAACAGGCCGCAGAAGAAGAAGAAAAGUCGAAGUUGGAAAUGGAAAUUGCAAACAAACGAGCUGUCGAAGAUUCCGAAAGAGCCGAAGCUGCAAUUCGCCUUGCAUACAAGGAGAGAGAAGAAACGGAACGGAAAAUGACCGGAGACAAAGUGGCGCAAGUGGAAAGAUUAGGAAUGGGCGUUUCCAGAGGUUCUAGAGGUGGUGUCUCGCAUUCUGCUUUCAGUGAUAUGCAAGUUAUAGAACAGGAAAAGCCUGCUUCAAGUUCCUCCAAAACACUUGACGCCUUAGGAAGAUUAACGUUAAACGACAGUCCAGACUAUUUUGACGACUAUAUUAAUGGCACCGGUGUAUACGCCUCAUCGUCUGUUAGCAGUAAAGACAGCUGGGUUGUGGUCGAUGACCAACCCGAGCGACGCUCUGUGCAUUCAAACGAUAAUGGUGUUGAGACUGUCAUAGAAAAAUCACGCGGUCGUAUGCCAAAAAGCCAACCAGAUCUAAGUUCAGAUGAAGCACAGAGAAAAUUCGGUAAUGCAAAGGCCAUUUCUUCGAGCCAGUUCUUUGGUGAUAAUGAUGCCGACGCUGAAACGAAGGCCAGUCUAAAUAGAUUUCAGGGCUCAAAUAGUAUCUCUUCAGCGGAAUUUUUCGGAAGAAACGAAGAACCUAGAGGAGGCGGUGCAGCGGCCCAUUUACCUGCUUAUGAUUUAGAAGAUGUUAAAGAAAGCGUUCGUCAAGGGGUUACACGUGUAGCUGGCAAAAUUGGAUCUUUAGCUAGUGGGAUUGUGACUUCGAUACAGGAUAAAUAUGGAUAUUAGCAGAAACUCAUUCGGCUUAUCAUGGCCGUUAGUUGAUUACAUCUAAAGCAGUUAUGAGAGGUAAAAUGUUUAUUUCCCAAAAAAAAAAUAGAAUGUAAGGCAGGACUAUAUUAUUAUGCUUAUGUAUUACUUAUUAAACUAACUUCUUUAUCGCUGUUAAAAAAUAAAGCAAAAUUUAAAUAUA